UUGGUUAACUUGUCUCACAGUCUGUUCUGCGCACGAGACGGUUUCGGACUUCAUAGACGCUAUGGCAACUCUACGAGCUGUUGUUGUUGGAGGGACUGGCGCACUUGGAAGGUUUCUUCUAGGAGAACUCGUUUCUUCACCUGCUUUCUCUGAAGUCAUUUCGUUGGGCAGAAGAGAGGCUACUAUUCCUGAAACUUUCCAAAUUACGGACGCUCAAAUGAGGAAGCUAAAACAAGUGAUAGUAGAUUUUGACUUGGAGACAUUUACGUUGGAGAAUAACAAAUCACAUUUUGAAGACAAAGACGUCUUUUUUUGCGCGCUGGGAACAACUCGUAGCGUAGCUUCACGUCAGCCUGGCAACACAGCUGAGAAUUUUAGACGCAUCGACUUGCACUUGGUUGUGCGUUGUGCCGAGAUUGCCAAAGCGGCAGGAGUUCGUCAUGUAAGCUUGGUCUCAUCUGUAGGAGCAAACGCAAACAGUUGGUUUCUCUACACGAAAACCAAGGGUCAGGCUGAAAAUGAGGUUGAGGCUAUUGGCUUUGAGAGAACAUCUAUCUGGCGACCUGGUUUAUUAGACAGAGGGGCUGAUGCUCGAUUAGCAGAAAAGUUUUUGAAGAUAUUUGCUACGCCUAUGGCUCUUGGAGAUGUAGCUUGUGGUAUGACAACAGAGGCUGUACAAUGGGCAUUCAAAACAACUGCCUUUCCUCCAGUUUCUCGAUAUAACAAUGCAGCCAUUAGGGAUUUUGUGCGACAGUCAAAACAGUCUGAGGUGAAUGCUGCAGACAACCCAUCGGUCCCAGCUGCAGCAACAGAAGGCGAUGGUACAGGCGAGAGCAGCGAGGGUCAAGAUGCAGAUAGAACAGCGAAGGACGACGCAAUCACCACUGAGCAAGCGACGGAAUUAGAAAUUGAGCCAAAACCUAGCGACAAUGAGGAACCAAAAGCGGUUUAGAUUUUGACGAAUGAACGGGUUAGACUGAAGACUACCUAGAUGGAGUAACUACACUUUAGCUCAUGGUUGUUUACGCCAUUUGAAGUGUACUUGUUAGUGACACCUAUUUCAUCGAUUUAUCACGCUUUCUUCUAUUUCGCAACGGG